ACUCAUUCUUCCCCAACUGUAACACACGCACAGGCAGCCUCCCCAUCCAUCUGCGACCUCGACGCCGCACCGCACUCUCCUCACCGUUGGCGACGACGGCGCCGGCGCGAUUUCCGACCUUCUUCCUCCUUCAGAGACUCAGUGUGAACUACACGGCUAGGGAAGAGUUACGCACACUUAAGCUCUAUUCAACGUCGAAUUCCAGGGGAAGCAGAACAAGAACUGAAAACGAUGAAUAACCACUUGAUUGUACAUGUCCCAGACAAGCAGCCUCAUGACCUUCACCACCAACCCACUGUGUGUAUUUUUGCUUCGGCCAUUGACCCUAAGCAUGCCAACCAAAUUGUUAGGCGUUUGAAUCAAAUAGCUCCACUCGAAGAUCUCCGUCAUGUGAAACGAAUUCAGAAGAAAGUUCUUGAAGGAGGACAAAUACAGCUAUCGGUGAUCUUGUGUCUAGCCUCUGAAGGUGACAAUCAAUUGGAUAGUGUGCCUCCGCAUCUUCAGGAGUUGAUCAGUUCCUAUCAGUUGAGUCCUUUUAUCACAAAAGUCUGCAAAUAUGCUGCAACGUCAAAAGAAGAGUGGCAAGAACAAUGCAAAUUUUGGCCAACAUCCUAUCACCCAAGGACUUACAACAUUGAUGGCAUUACUGGAUUUAGCGAGGAGGACUCGCAGUCAAUUUUAAAGUUUAUGCAAUCAACUGUUGAGUUGGCAACAUCUGAUGACUUGGUAGUCAAUGCUGCAUUGAUUGUGGAUCCCUCAGCUAAGCAACUAAUUUCAAGUGCACGUGAUCAGGUUUAUGCGUGGAACAAUUGCAAAGACAAUAGCUGCUCUAGAAAGCCAGAACUUAGUUCCCCUUCUAUUAUUUCCAGUAGAUUUGAUCCUCAAGAACCAUUGCACUUAAACAGUUCCUCCAAACAGCUCAAACAACCAUAUACAGGUGUUGCUUGUUUAUAUCCUUGGCAAUGGGCUCAGAAGAAAUAUCAUUUGCAGAGCUCAAAUUAUUUGCACCCUUUGCAACAUGCUGCCAUUGUAGCUAUAGAAUCAUCUGCUGCCAGGGAUAGAUGUCUUUUUCCCAGUGAGGGGAACAGUGAAGAAAAAUAUUUGGAAUUGGAUCGCCAGAAUUCUUCUUGGACUAGCUCUCCUGCAAAGAGACAGAAAACUGCAUGUACAAAUGGUGAGGAUGAUGAUAAAUUGAAUUCUCAUGGUCAGACUUCUGAUCAGCUGCAAGCACGACCAUACUUGUGCACUGGCUAUGACAUAUACCUUGUUUGGGAACCAUGCACAAUGUGUGCAAUGGCCCUUGUCCAUCAGAGAAUUAGGCGAAUAUUCUAUGCUUUUCCAAAUCCUAAUGCCGGUGCCUUGGGUAGUGUUCACAGAUUACAAGGAGAGAAGAGCUUAAAUCAUCAUUAUGCUGUUUUCAGGGUUUUGUUACCUGAAGAAGCCCUGCAUAAAAGUCAUACUUAAGUAACCGAGGAAGCCCCUUCAUUUUCUCUUGCAUCUUAAGAGAAAAUGAAGGCUUUUUAGCGGGGGAGAAUAUUUAUUCGUGAAUUUUGAAUGUUCGAUAAUUUUCUAAUUGUUAGAACGGCAAUAUGAUAUUACUUGCUUUCCGAUUCUCAUUUUUGUGUUGGUUUUGUGAGCAUUCUUUGUCAAUGUCAAGUAAAACAGGUUCAGAUUGGCCCUUG